AGCGCUUCCGGUAAAUCCAGGAAGUGCCUGCAGUAAGUGUACUGUAGAUUCGUCGACUCCGGAUGGUUGGUCAAGAUAAGCUUUUAAUACGUUUGCUUUUUUUUAAAUUAUAGGAAAAUUAGAAGGAUUUAGUAGUGAAGAAUUUUUCUCGGUUGGCAUUGCAGCAAGUAUGCUGGUGUACAUAUGGCAGUACGUGUACACAACCUUCUUGAGGUACUGGUUCAAAUGGCUCAUCAGGCAGGCAACUGGGACGUGCGAGCUGCAGAGGAUAUGCUCGGGAUACGGGCCGGGGGCGUCCAGAACGAUAAAUACAGAAUACUCCCUGAAGUCUUCAAAGAGCAAGCUUCUGCGAGGUGCUGUAGAAAGCAGCGAGGAACACUUAGGACAACAUGUGCAGCAAAUCAUGAAGGAGAAGAACAUCAAAGAGCAGACAAAUCCCCGUUUCAAGGAAAGCCUGCACACGUCGCUCCUGCAGAUCACGGGAUACGAGAGCCUGUACGCGUCCGUUGAAGACGUCAGGAAGGAAGCGUUCUGCCCGGAGAACACUCAACACGAGGCCAUGCUGUUGGAGCUUUGGGAGCUGCUCAUGCCGAGCGUGACGCUGGAGUCAAGGGUGACCAAGCAGUGGGGGGACAUCGGUUUCCAAGGGGACGACCCCAAGACGGACUUCCGAGGAAUGGGCGUGCUGGGCCUUACAAACCUUCUCUUCUUCAGUGAACACUACACACAAGAAGCUCGCCUGGUCCUGUCUCAUGCCAACCAUCCCAAACUGGGGUACUCGUACGCCAUCGUGGGGAUCAACCUGACCGAGAUGGCUUACAGCCUGCUGAAGAGCGGCGCCCUCAAAGCUCAUUUCUACAACACGGUGCCGGGUGCCCCCAAGCUACAACACUUUCAUCAACUUUACUGCUACCUGGCGUUUGAGUUUGAUAAAUUCUGGCUUGCGGAGGAACCUGAAAGCAUCAUGCUCUUCAACCAGUACAGAGAUAAGUUCCACCAUGUCGUGCGGACCCUCCUGGAGAAUCCCCGAGUGUCGCUCACUCUGAGCGCCCCGUCCUAAACCAAACGCCACACCGGGGGUGGGAUGGGGGGGAAACGCCCCA